CGUGGCUUCUGCGCGAAAGGACGGGAUGGAAAUACGAAUCAGAUUCCGAAGGAGUUUCCGAUAAUAUUUACGUUAAGGUGAUCCUCCGUCUUUCCCGCCAUCCGACCGGUACUUUCCCCCCCAAAAUCUCAAUAAAAUCAGAAAAUGAGGUCGAUAUUUUUCUCCUCCGCCGCGACCACAACAAUCCCCCACCGUCAGAAUCUCAGUUGCCUGCCUACCUAUAACAAUCCCUCAAUUGCCACACUUGCUGUUGGUUUUCCGAUCAAGAGAACCACACGCACUCGGCCGCUGACUAUUCUGAGAUCUCAGUCUUCUUCAGAUCCUAGAAGCAACGAAGAAGAAACACAAGACCCAGAAACCCUAGUUCAAGACCUCAGGGUUCCAGACCACUGGUUGCUCCCUUCCAAGGCCCAGGAGGAAUCGGAAUGGCUGAGGGUGACCCUGCAUAAGUGGCUAGAUGACGAGUACUGCCCAGAGGCGACCAAUGUCGAAAUCAGCAAGAUUGCUGCUCGUUCAUACCAUGAAUCCUUAUUACAGAAACAGACUGACCUUGGUGAAAUUUUGUUGAAGAUGGUUCGAGAAUUGCAAUCAAUCUCCUAUCAAGAGAGCUUCCAUGGCGCAUUCUCCUCAGCAAAUGCAGCAGUGAACUUAAUUUCCCAACGAAUCGAGCAGCAGUAGAAGUAGAGUUUCUCGAGUACCUAUGAAUUAGUCAUUAAGCUUGGACAUCCAUUUUGUUUUCAGGUUAAUGUAACAAUAGAAUUUA